GGUUGGGGUUCAGUAUAGCAGGUGGACUAGGGAACCAGCAUGUACCAGGGGACAACAGUAUCUAUGUGACUAAGAUCAUCGAGGGAGGAGCGGCCUGUAAAGAUGGACAUCUACAGAUAGGAGAUAAGAUACUGGCUGUAAGCAACACACUGACUGACACACUGACUGACACACUGACACACUGACACACUGACACACUCACUGACACACUGACUGACACACUCACAGACACACUGACUGACACACUGACACACUGACUGACACACUGACACACUGACACACUCACUGACACACUGACUGACACACUCACAGACACACUGACUGACACACUGACUGACACACUCACUGACACACUGACUGACACACUCACAGACACACUGACUGACACACUGACUGACACACUCACUGACUCACUGACACACUGACUGACACACUCACUUACACACUGACUGACACACUCACAGACACACUGACACACUGACACACUCACAGACACACUGACUGACACACUGACUGACACACUAACAGACACACUGACUGACACACAGACACACUCACUGACACACUGACUCACACACUAACAGACACACUGACUGACACACAGACACACUCACUGACACACUGACUGACACACUCACUUACACACUGACUGACACACAGACACACUCACUGACACACUGACUGACACACUCACUUACACACUGACUGACACACUCACUGACACACUGACACACAGACACACUCACUGACACACUGACUGACACACUCACUGACACACUCACUGACACACUCACUGACACACUCACUGACACACUCACUGACACACUGACUGACACACUCACUGACACACUAACUGACACACUCACUUACACACUGACUGACACACUCACAGACACACUGACACACUGACACACUCACAGACACACUGACUGACACACUGACUGACACACUCACAGACACACUGACUGACACACAGACACACUCACAGACACACUGACUGACACACUGACUGACACACUGACUGACACACCCACUGACACACUCACUGACAGACUGACUGACACACUCACAGACACACUGACUGACACACUCACAGACACACUGACUGACACACUCACUGACACACUGACUGACACACCCACUGACACACUCACUGACAGACUGACUGACACACUCACAGACACACUCACAGACACACUCACUGACACACUCACUGACACACUCACUGACACAAUACAAAAUAAAUAAACUGAAAUAUGACAUUUACAUAAGUAUUCAUCUCUUCUCUGAGCUGGAGGACUCCUGAUAUCUCCAGGGGUGAUACAUAUAAUUGUUUUGUCUGUUGUGGUCUAGUGCUGUCUUGUUGCUAGCUAGGGCCAUCUACUUGAGGUGCUUCCUGUCUUCCCAGUGGCCUACUUGGUGUGUGAACUGCUGACUGGUAUUAACUUGCAGAUAGUUGUUGACACAUCAACCAGGAUCAGGGGGCGGGGCAAUUUGUGACUUGUUUUGGUAAUCAGUUGCUGUAUUGGAUGGGGAGUGGUUUCUCCUCUCCUAGGCAAUCAGCAAUUAGUACAGGGAGGUACUAAUUGGGAGGUGUACUCUCCUCCCUUUCUGCAUCCUAUUACUCGCACUGUCCCCUUUCCUCCUGGCCGGCUCGGCCCUCCCCUCCUGCUCCGUGGCUGAGUGGCUCAUUGUGAGCUUACAGAACAGGGCUGGGGGCAGCUGAGAGAAAAUGGAGGAAAACUAAACUUCCGGAGGACCUAUCAUCCUUUCACUCCCUCCUCUCUACUUCUCUUCCUCUGUAUCGCCUAAGCCAUCCUUUCCUCCCCUCCUCUCACCUUCUCUUCCUCGUACCCGCUGCUAACCUUUUUCCCCUCCCCCCCUUUUUAAAAUUUUUUCCUCUGUAUCUCGCUAAACCCCUCCUUCCCCUCCCCUCCUCCCUUUCUCUUCUCUGUUCUGCUGCAAAAAGCCAUCCUUUUCCCCCUCUCUCCCUUCCUUCCUCUGAUUGGAAAGCCAUCCUUUCCUCCCCUUUAAAACCUUUCCUUUUCCCUGUACUGCUGAAAACCCACCCCCUUUCCCCCCCUUCCCUUCCUUCCCCUUCCCUUGAUCUGGUAAACCCACCCUUUUCCCCCCCUUUCUCCCCCUUCUUUCCCUGUAUCGUGCUAAACCCAACCUUUCACUCCCCCUUUUCCCUUCCUUUCCCCUCUGAAUCUCUUAAGCCAUCCUUUCACUCCCUUCUUCCCUUCUUUUCUCUGUUCGGCUAAACCCAUCCUUUCCUCCCCCCUCUCAACCUUCCCUUCCCGAUUGUGCAAAACCCAUCCUUUCCCCCCUCCCUCUCCCUUCCCCCCUCGUAUUGUUUAAAAACCCCCUCCUUUCACCCCCCUCCUCUUCCUUCUUUUUCCUUUGUUCUGCUGCUAAACCAUCCUUUUCACUCCCUCCUCCUACCUCUUUUCCUCUUUUUUCCGGUUUCUAAGCCAUCCUUUCACCCCUCCUCUUACCUUUUUUCCCUCGUAUCUGCUGCUAAGCCCCCUUUUCAUCCCUUUCCCCCUUCUCCCUUUUCUUUCCCCUCUUAUCUCUGCAAAAGCCAUCCUUUUCACCCCCCUUUUCCCCUCCCCUCUCAAAACAUCCCCCCUCCUCUCUACCUUUCUCUCCCCUGUUCGCUGCUAAAGCAUCCUUCCACCCCCUCCUCCUACCUUUUUCCUCGUAUUGCGCUAAAGCCCCUUUCCCUCCCUCCUCUCUCCUUUCUUUCUUUUUCCUGCUAAACCCACCCUUUUCACUCCCCCUCUCUACCUUUCCCUGUAUUUUUGCGCAAAACCCACCCUUUCCCCCCCCCCUCUUACCUCCCUUUCCUUGUAUCUGCUGUAACCAUUUUCCCCUCCCCCCUCUCACCUUCUUUCCUCUGAUUUUUGGGCUGCUAACCCAUCCUUUCACCCCCUCCCCCUAACCUUCUCUCCGUAUUGUGCAAAAGCCAUUUUUCCCCCCUCCCUACCUUCUUUUCCCCCUUGUAUUGCUGUAAGUUUUCAUCCCUCCUCUCUACCUUCUUUCCUCUGUACUGCUCUAAAGAAACCCUUUCACUUCUCCCCUCUCCCUUUCCCUUCCUUUAUCUUUUCUAAAGCCAUCCUUCCCUCCCUUCCCCCCAAUUCCCCUUUUCUGAUCUGGUAACCAUCCUUACCCCUCCUCUCCCCUUCUCUUCCCUGUAUUGCUGCAAAGCCAUCCUUUCACUUCCCUUUCAAACCUUUCCCUUUUCCUCUUUUCUGUGAAAAAGCUCCUUUAAACCCCCCUCUUACCUUCCCUUUUCCUUGUUUGCUGUAAACCACCCUUUACCCCCUCCUUUAAAAUUUUUCCUCUUUCGGCUAAACCCAUCCUUUACUCCCCCCUUUCCCUUCUUUUUCCCUGACCCCUGCUAAACCAUUUUUUCACCCCCUCCUCUCUCCCUUUCUUUCCUUUUUUCCCGCGCAAAAGCCACCUUUCCUCCCUCCUCUUUUACCUUUCUUCCUCUGUUCUGUGCUAAACCCAUCCUUUUACUCCCUCCCUCUCCCUUCUCUUCCUUGUACUGUGCAAAAGCCUCCUUUCACCCCCCCUCUCUACCUUCCUCCUUGUAUCUGUGCAAAGCCUCCUUUCCCUCCCCCCUCUCUACCUUCUUCCUUGUAUCUUGCUAAGAUCCUUUACCUCCCUCCCUCUCCCUUCCUUUCUGACUGUGCUAAAGCCUCCUUUCACCCCCUCCUUUACCUUCCCCCCCCUGUAUCUGCUGCUAAAGCCACCCCUUUCACCCCCCUCUUUUCCCUUCUCCCUUUCUUUUCUGCGUAAAGCCACCCUUUUUCCCUCCCUCCUUUUAAAACCUUCUCUUCCUCUUAUUGUGCUAAAGCCAUCCUUUCACUCCCUCCUUUUUACCUUCCUUCCCUGUAUCUGCUGCUAAAGCCAUCCUUUCAUUUCUUCCUCUCUACCUUCCCCUUUCCUUAUCCCUGCAAAAGCCAUCCUUUCAUCCCCCCUCUAUUCGCUUCCUCGUUUUUGUGCUAAACCAUCCUUUCAUCCCCCUCUCUACCUUCUUUCCUCUGAUCGCUGCUAAAGCCCCCUUUCACUCCCUCCUCUCUACCUUCUCCCUCUGUAUCUCCUAAAGCCCCCUUCCACUCCCUCCUCUCUACUUCCUUCCUCUUGUAUCUGCUUGCUAAAGCCCCCUUUUCAUCCCUCCUCUUACUUCUCUUCCCUUUUGGCAAAAGUUUUUCCCCCUCCUCUCAAACCUUCUCUCCUCUUUCUCUCAAACCCCCUUUUUUCAUCCCUCCUCUCUACCUUCUUUUCUCUGGUAUGGCAAAGCCACCCUUUUUACUCCCUCCUUUACCUUCUUUCCCCUCUUUCUGCGUAACCCUCCUUUCCUCCCUCCUCUUACCUUCUUUCCUCGUAUCUUGCUAAACCCACCCUUUUUCACUCCCUCCCUUACCUUUUUCCUCGUAUUGCGCUAAACCACCCUUUUUCACUCCCCUCUCUCCCUUCUUUUUCCCUGUAUUUUCGUAACCCAUCCCUUUAAACUCCCUUUCCCUUUCCUUUUCCUCUGUAUCUGCUCAAAAGCCAUCCUUUCCCUCCCCCCUUUACUUCUCUUCCUCUGAUCUGCUGCAAAACCAUCCUUUCACUCCCCCCUCUUCUACCUUCUCUUCCUCUGUUCUGUGCAAAACCCACCCUUUUCCUCCCCCCCCUUUUUCCUUUUUUCCCUCGUAUUGUGCAAAAACCCACCUUUCAUCCCUCCCUCCUCUACCUCCUCUUUCCUGAUUGGCAAACCCUCCUUUCACUCCCCCCCCUCUCUCCCUUUCUCUUCCUCUGAUUGUCUAAGCCCCCUUUUUUAACUCCCUCCUUUUUCCUUCUUUCCCUCUGUAUCUGCGCUAAGCCAUCCUUUUCACUCCCCCCUCUCUCCCUUCUCACCUUGUUCUGCUGCUAAACCCAACUUUCUACCACUUACUUUAAAGCUUCUGCCUUUCCCCUUUAAAUCCCCACCCCCUCCCCCUCCCUCCUCCCUCUCUGCGGACAUCUUUGUCAACCACUUUGAAAAAAAGACAUCCGCUACUCAUUCACUCAUCCUAUUGAGUCCACUGGUCUUACUCACAGGUCUCACUCACACAGAACUACCUUACGCCUUGACCUCUUUCUCCUCCAGAUUACAUCCUGCGACUAGUGAGGUCUGGCCGCCGACAACCUGCCCCCUCGAACCCAUCCCCUCCUCCCUUCUCCAGACCAUUUCUGGAGAGCUUCUCCCAUUCCUCACUUCCCUCAUCAACUCAUCCCUGACCACUCGAACCCAUCCCCUCCUCCCUUCUCCAGACCAUCUCUGGAGACCUUCUCCCAUUCCUCACCUCCCCUCAUCAACUCAUCCCUGACCACUAGACCCCAUCCCCUCCUCCCUCCUCCAGACCAUCUCUGUAGACCUUCUCCCAUUCCUCCCUUCCCUCAUCAACUCAUCCCUGACCACUGGCUGCGUCCCCUCUGACUUCAAAAUGGCCUGAGUUACUCAACCGAGACUGCUCUUCUCUGUGUCACGGAGGCUCUCCGCACUGCCAAAGAUCCUCCUCUCCACCCUCUCAGGGCUGGGCGUCUCAGGCUCUGCACACUCUUGGAUUGCAUCCUACCUGGCAGGCUGAUCCUAUCAGGUGAUGUGGAGAGGAUAUGUGUCUGCACCACGUACUCUCACAACUGGUGUCCCCCAGGGCUCGGUUCUAGACCCUCUCCUCUUCUCUCUACACCAAGUCACUCGGCUCCGUCAUAUCCUCACAUGUUCUCUCCUAUCAUUGCUAUGUGGAUGACACUCAACUACUUUUCUCCUUCCCCCCUUCUGACACCCAGGUGGUGACACGCAUCUCUGCGUGCCUGGCAGAUAUCUCAACUUGGGAUGUUGGCCCACCACCUCAAGCUCAACCUCGAAAAGACGGAACUGUUCUUCCUCCCGGGGAAGGCCUGCCUGCUCAAGACCUCUCCAUCAUGGUUGACAACUCCACAGUGUCGCCCUCCCAGAGUGCAAAGAACCUUGGCGUGACCCUGGACAACACCCUGUCAUUCUCUGCAAACAUCAAAGCAGUGACCCUCCGGUUCAUGCUCAACAACAUCCGUAGAGUAAGACCCUACCUCACACAGGAAGUGGCGCAGGUCCUAAUUCAGGCACUUGUCCUCUCCUAUCUGGACUACUGCAACUUGCUGUUUGCUAGGCUCCCCCAUGAGAAACAAGAUUCUCUGGUCUGAUGAAACCAAGAUUAAACUCUUUGGCCUGAAUGCCAAGCGUCACGUUUCGAGGAAACCUGGCACCACCAUCCCUACAGUGAAGCAUGGUGGUGGCAGCAUCAUGCUGUGGGGAUGUUUUUCAGCGGCAGGGACUGGGAGACAAGUCAGGAUUGAGGGAAAGAUGAACGGAGCAAAGUACAGAGACCUAUAUGUAUUUGUAUUUAUUAUGGAUCCCCAUUAGCAGCUACUCUUCCUGGUGUCCAGCAAAAUUAAGGCAGUUAUACAUUUAAAAACCAUUACAAUACAUUCAUAACAGAUUUCACAACACAUUAAGUAUGUGUCCUCAGGCCUCUACUCUACUACCACAUAUCUACAACACAACAUCCAUGUGUACGUGUGUGUAUAGUGCGUAUGUUAUCGUGUGUUUGUAUGCAUGUGUCUAUGUUUGUGUUGCUUCACAGUCCCCGCUGUUCCAUAAGGUUUAUUUUAUCUGUUUUUUAAAUCUAAUUUUACUGCUUGCAUCAGUUACUUGAUGUGGAAUAGAGUUCCAUGUAGUCAUGGCUCUAUGUAGUACUGUGCGCCUCCCAUAGUCUGUUCUGGACAUGGGGACUGUGAAGAGACCUCUGGUGGUAUGUCUUGUGGGGUAUGCAUGGGUGUCCAAGCUGUGUGCCAGUAGUUCAAACAGACAGCUCGGUGCAUUCAACAUGUCAAUACCUCUCAAAAAUAGAAGUAGUGAUGAAGUCGAUCUCUCCUCCACUUUGAGCCAGGAGAGAUUGACAUGCAAAUUAUUAAUGUUCGCUCUCUGUGUACAUACAAGGGCCAGCUGUGCUGCCCUGUUCUGAGCCAAUUGUAAUUUUCCUAAGUCCCUCUUUUUGGCACCUGACCACACGACUGAACAGUAGUCCAGGUGCGUCAAAACUAGGGCCUGUAGGACCUGCCUUGUUGAUAGUGCUGUUAAGAAGGUAGAGCAGCGCUUUAUUAUGGACAGACUUCUCCCCAUCUUAGCUACUGUUGGAUCAAUAUGUUUUGACCAUGACAGUUUACAAUCCAGAGUUACUCCAAGCAGUUUAGUCACCUCAACUUGCUCAAUUUCCACAUUAUUCAUUACAAGAUUUAGUUGAGGUUUAGUGAAUGAUUUGUCCCAAAUACAAUGCUUUUAGUUUUUGAAAUAUUUAGGACUAAUUUAUUCCUUGCCUCCCAUUCUGAAACUAACUGCAGCUCUUUGUUAAGUGUUGCUGUCAUUUCAGUUGCUGUAGUAGCUGAAGUGUAUAGUGUGGAGUCAUCCGCAUACAUAGACACACUGGCUUUAUUCAAAGCCAGUGGCAUGUCGUUAGUAAAGAUUGAAAAAAGUAAGGGGCCUAGACAGCUGCCUUGGGGAAUUCCUGAUUCUACCUGGAUUAUGUUGGAGAGGCUUCCAUUAAAGAACAACAUCUUUGUUCUGUUAGACAGGUAACUCUGUAUCCACAAUAUAGCAGGGGGUGUAAAGCCAUAACACAUACGUUUUCCUAUCAGCAGACUAUGAUCGAUAAUGUCAAAAGCCGCACUGAAGUCUAACAAAACAGCCCCCUCAAUCUUUUUAUCAUCAAUUUCUCUCAGCCAAUCAUCAGUCAUUUGUGUAAGUGCUGUGCUUGUUGAAUGUCCUUUCCUAUAAGCGUGCUGAAAGCCUGUUGUCAAUUUGUUUACUGUAAAAUAGUAUUUUAUCUGGUCAAACACAAUGUUUUCCAAAGGUUUACUAAGGGUUGGUAACAGGCUGAUUGGUCGGCUAUUUGAGCCAGUUAAGGGGGCUUUACUAUUCUUAGGUAGGGGGAUAACUUUUGCUUCCCUCCAGGACUCAGGGCACACAUGUUCUAGUACAGGGUUCUUCAAUUCCGGUCCUGGAGGGCCGAAACACUUCAGUUUUUUAUUUCUACCUGGUAGUUAAUUGCACUCACCUGGUGUCCCAGGUCUGAAUUAUCCCCUGAUUAGAAGGAGAGGAUGAAAAACAGAGGACCCUGUUCUAGUAGGCUUAAAUAGGAGAGGCUAUUAUCCUCAGUAAUUUUCCAUCCAAGUUGUCAGACCCCGGUGGCUUGUCAUUGUUGAUUGACAAUAAUACUUUUUUCACCUCUUUUACAUUUACAUUUUAGUCAUUUAGCAGACGCUCUUAUCCAGAGCGACUUACAGUUAGUGAGUGCAUAAAUUUUUUCAUACUGGCCCCCCGUGGGAAACGUACCCACAACCCUGCCGUUGCAAGCGCCACGCUCUACCAACUGAGCUACACGGGGCCUCUUCCACGCUUACUUUACGGAAUUCAAAAUUACAAUGCUUAUCUGUCAAAGUGCCAGCGUUUGUUGCUGGCAUGUCAUGCCUAAAAUUGCUAAUCUUGCCAAUAAAAAAAUUAUUAAAGUUUUUGUGAUGAAUGAGCCAUCUGAUUCAAUGAAUGAUGGAGCGGAGUUUGCCUUUUUGCCCAAAAUUUCAUUUAUGUCAUGUAUAGUAUCUAUGUCAUGACUAUGUCUCUGUGUCCCCAGGUGAACCAGUAUCUAUGUCAUAACUAUGUCUCUGUGUCCCCAUGUCAUGACUAUGUCUCUGUGUCCCCAUGUCAUGACUAUGUCUCUGUGUCCCCAUGUCAUGACUAUGUCUCUGUGUCCCCAGGUGAACCAGGUCUGUCUAGAAGAUGUGAUGCAUGAAGACGCAGUAGCAGCUUUGAAGAACACAGCCGAGGUGGUCUACCUGAGAGUAGCCAAACCUUCACACCUCUACACACCUGACCAGUACAGUCCCCCUGACCUCACCUGUACGUAUCUCUAUACACCUACACACCUGACCAGUACAGUCCCCCUGACCUCACCUGUACGUAUCUCUAUACACCUACACACCUGACCAGUACAGUCCCCCUGACCUCACCUGUACGUAUCUCUAUACACCUACACACCUGACCAGUACAGUCCCCCUGACCUCACCUGUACGUACACACCUCUACACACCUCUACACACCUCUACACACCUCUACACACCUCUAACACCUCUACACACCUCUACACACCUCUACACACCUCUACACACCUCUACACACCUCUACACACCUCUAACUCCUCUACACUCCUCACACACCUCUACACACCUCUACACACCUCUACACACCUCUACACACCUCUAACACCUCUACACACCUCUACACACCUCUACACACCUCUACACCCUCUACACACCUCUAUACACCUCUAACUCCUCUACACUCCUCUACACACCUCUACACACCUACACACCUCUACACACCUCUACACACCUCUAUACACCUCUACACACCUCUACACACCUUUACACACCUCUACACACCCCUAACUCCCUACACACCUCUACACACCUCUACACACCUCUACACACCUCUAACACCUCUACACACCUCUACACUCCUCUACACACCUCUACACACCUCUAACUCCUCUACACACCUCUACACACCUCUAACACACCUCUACACACCUCUAACACCUCUACACACCUCUAACUCCUCUACACACCUCUACACACCUCUACAAAACCUCUAUCUCCUCUAACAACCUCUACACACCCUCUAACACCUCUACCCCUACACACCUCUACACACCUCUACAAACCCAACACCUCUACAAAACCUCUAACACUCCUCUAACUCCUCUACACACCUCUACACACCUCUAACACACCUCUACACCUCUACCCUCUACUACACCUCUACCCUCUACUACACCUCUACUACACCUCUAUCUCCUCUACACACCUCUACACACCUUCUAACACCUCUACAAAACCGCUACACACCUCUACACUCCUCUACACACCUCUACAACCACCCUCUACACAACCUCUACCACCCUCUACACACCUCUAACCCUCCCUACCACCUCUACACACUAACCACACCUCUACAACCUCUACAAACACUCUACACCCCCUACACACCUCUCCUACACCCUCUACCCCCUCUACACCUAUACACCCUCACACCUCUACAACCUCUAACACAACACCUCUACACCUCUACACACCUCUCCAACACCCUCUACAACACCUCUACACACCUCUACAAACACCUCUACACACCUCUACACACCUCUACCCACCUCUACACACCUCUACACACCUCUACACACCUCUAACACCCCUACACACCUCUACACACCUCUACACACCUCUACACACCUCUAACACCUCUACACACCUCUACACACCUCUAACCCUCUAACACCUCAACACUUUACAACACCCUCUACACACUCUAACUCUCUACACACCUCUACACACCUCUAACUCCUCUACACAAACACCCCGCACACCCCUCUACACACCUCUACACCCUCUACACAACCUCAUACACACCUCUAACUCCUCUACCACCCCUACACCUCACACCCCUACACACCUUACACACCUCUAACUCACAACACUCUACCCACACCUCUACACACCUCUACACACCUCUACACCUCUACACCUCUACACACCUCUACACACCUCUACAAAACCUCUACCCACCUCUACACAACUCUACACCCCUACACAACCUCUACACACACCUCAACACCUCUACCCUCUACACCCCUCUAACCCUCUACACACCCUUACACCACACCCUCUACACCACCUCUACACCCUCUAACACCUCUACACACCCUCAACACCUCUACACACACCUCUAUCACAAACCCCUACCACCCUCUACACCUCUACACCCACACCUCUACACACCACACACCUCUACACCCUCUACAACCUCUAACACCUCUACAAAACACCCCUAACACCUCUACACACCUCUAAACCCCCUCUAACACCUUAACCCUCACACCCCCUCUAACACCUCUACAAAACACCUCUACACACCUCUAACACCUCUAACUCCUCUAACACCUUCUUACAGCUCACACACCCUCCCCCACCAACCCUAACUCCUCUACACCCCUCUACACACCUCUAACAACCUCUACACACCUCUAACACCUCUACCACACCUCUACACACCUCUACACACCCUCUACACACCUCUACACACCUCUACCACCUCACAAAACCUCUACACACCUCUAACACCUCAACCACCAACCUCUACACACCUCUACACACCUCUAACACCUCUACACACCUCUACACUCCUCUAACUCCUCUACACACCUCUACACACCUCUACACACCUCUACACACCUCUACAACACCUCUAACACCUCUACAACACCCCUACAAAACCUCUACCAACCUCUACACCCUCUACACACCUUCUACACACCUCUACACCUCUACACACCUCUACACACCUCUAUACACCUCUACACACCUCUACACACCUCUACACUCCUCUACACACCUCUAACCCCCCUACACACCUCUACACACCUCUACACACCUCUAACACCUCUACACACCUCUACACACCUCUACAACACCCGUAACCUCCCUACACACCUCUACACAACCCUCUACACCACCUCUAACACCUAUACACACCUCUACACACCUCUACACACCUCUACAACACCUCUAAAACAACCGUCUACAACAACCUCUAACUCCUCUAAAACCCCCAACCUCUAACACCUCUACACCCCCCUCUACACCUCUACACACCUCUAACUCCUCUACACACCUCUACACAACCCUCUACACACCUCUACACUCCUCUACACACCUCUAACUCCCCUACACACCUCUACACACCUCUACACACCUCUACACACCUCUACACACCCUCACCCCUCUACACACCUCUAACUCCCCUACACACCUCUACACACCUCUACAAAACCUCUACUCACACCUCUACAACACCCUAACUCCACAACCUCUACACACCUCUACACACCUCUACACACCUCUAACCCCCUCUACACACCUCUACACACCUCUAACUCCUCUACACACCUCUACACACCUCUACACACCUCUACACACCUCUACACACCUCUACCCCCUAAAAACAACCUCUACACACCCUACACACCUCUACACACCUCUAACACCUCUAACACACCCUCUACACACCUCUACACACCUCUACACACACCUCUAACUCCCCUACACACCUCUAAAUCACACCCCUACACACCUCUACACACCUCUACACCACCUCUACACACCUCUACCACCUCUACCCCCAACCUCUACAAACCCCCUACACACACCUCUAACACCUCCAACCACACCCUCUACACACCUCUAACCCCUACACACCUCCCACACACCUCUACACAACCCCUCUAACCACCCUACACACCUCUAACUCCCACACACCUACACACACCUCUACACACCUCUAAAACCUCUACAACCCUCUACACACCUCUACACCCACCUCUACACACCCUCUAAACCACCUCUACACACCUCUACACCCUCUACACCCCCUCACACCUCUACACACCUCUACACCCUCUAACCCCACACACUCUAACCCCCUACACACCUCUACACACCCUCUACACACCUCUACACCCUCUACACACCUCUACAACACCUCUACACACCUCUACACACACCUCUACACACCUCUACACACCUCUACACCACCUCUACAACCUCUAACACCUCUACACACCUCUACACACCUCUACACUCCUCGACACACCCCUCUACACACCUCUAACACACCUCUACACCCCUACACCUCUACAACACCUCCACACACCUCUAACUCCUCUACACACCUCUACACACCUCUACACACCUCUACACACCUCUACACCCUACUCUCACACCACACCUCUACAACCUCUACACCCUACACACCUCUACACACCUCUAAAACCUCUACACACUCUAACUCCUCUAAAACUCACACCUCUACACACCUCUAAACCCCCUCUACACACCCACACACCUCUAACACCCUCACCCUACCCCCCACCUCUAACAACACCUCUAACCAACCCCUACACACCUCUACAACACCUCGACACACCCCUACACACCUGCUCCCACACCCCUACAACACACCCUACACAACCUCUACACCCUCACACCUACAAACCCUCUACACACCCUCAACCCUUCCUACACCACACUCUACACACCCUCUACACACCUCUACACACCUCACACCCCUCUACAACACCUCUAACACCCUACACACCUCUAACCCCUACCACCUCUACACCUCCCUCUACACACCUCUACAACCCUCUACAAACACACACCUUCUCCUACACACCUCUACAAAACCUCUAACACCCUAACUCCUCUAAAAACACCUCUACACACCUCUACACCCAACACCUCUACACACCUCUACCCCCUACACCCUCUACACACCUCUACACACCUCUACACACCUCUACCACACCUCUAACUCCUCUACACACCCUAACCACCACUCUACACACCUACCCCUCUACACAACCUCUAACACCUCUACACACCUCUACAACUCCUCUACACACCUCUAACAAUCUACACACCUCUACACACCUCUACACACCUCUACACCACCUCUACACACCUCUAAACACCUCUACACCCCUACAACACUCUACAAAACCCACAACACCUCUACACCUCACCCUCUACAACCUCUAACACUCUACACACCUCUACACACCUCUAACCUCUAACAAAACCUCUACAACACCUCUACAAAAACCUCUACAACACCCUCUCCUACACACCUCUACACCUCUACACACCUCUACACAACCUCUAACCCUCUACACCACCUCUACCACCCUACACACCUCUAAACCCCUACACACUCUAACCACACACCUCUACACACCUCUAACCCUCUACACCCUCUACACACCUCUAACACCCUCUACACACCUCUACACACCUCUAACCCCACCACACCUCUAACACCUCUACACACCUCUACCCCACCUCUCACACCUCUAACACCUCUACACACCUCUACACACCUCACACCCCUAACACCUCUACACACCUCUACACACCUCUACACACCUCUACACUCUACACACCUCUAACACCUCUACAACCACAACACCUCUACACACCUCUAACCCUCUACCACCUCUACACCCUCUACACACCUCUACACACUCUAAACACCUCUAACUCCUCUACACACCUCUACACCACCUCUAAAACACCUCUACACAACCUCUACACCCUCUACACACCUCUACACAACCUCUAACCCUCUACACACCUCUACACCUCACACCUCUAACACCUCUACACAACCCUCACACCUCUACAACCCUCUACACUCACACCUCUAACACCUCUACACACUCUACACCUCUAACACCCUCUACCACCUCUAACCUCCUCUAACACCUCUUUCAAAACCUCUACACACCUCUACUCCUCUACACACCUCACAACUCACACUCUACAAACCUCUACAAAUCUACACUACCCGCUCACACCCCCUCACACCCUCUAACACCUACACAAUCCACACCUACCACCUCUACACACCUACACACCUCACACACCUCUACACGACCUCACAAAACCUCUAACCCUCUACACCCUCUACCCCUCUAACACCCAACCUUACCAUCUACAACCUCACACCGCUAACAGAAACACCUUCACCUGCUACACCCAACACAAUGACUAACCCGACACCGAAACCGCGCACGAUCUUAACCCUCUACAACAAUGAUAAACUCUACAAAUUAAUUGCAAUACCUAUAAAUAACCCUAAAAAACCUCCUACAAUUAACCCUCUACAACUCAACUCUCAUCUACAACAGUCAUUAGAGUUACAGUACCUACAUCAAUUAAAUACAUAGAGAUUACAGUCGACAAUCAAAGAUACAGGAGCUUAAGGGGACCGGUAAGUCAAUGUAAUACAGUAGGGAGGCUAAUAUAAAGGGGUACCGGUACAGAGUCAAUGGGAAAUAACAGUAGGGAGGCUAUAUACAGGGGGUACCGGUACAGAGUCAAUGUGUAAUAACAGUAGGGAGGCUAUAUACAGGGGUACCGGUACAGAGUCAAUGGGAAAUAACAGUAGGGAGGCUAUAUACAGGGGGUACCGGUCAGAGUCAAUGGGAAAUAACAGUAGGGAGGCUAUAUACAGGGGGGGUACCGGUACAGAGUCAAUGGGAAAUAACAGUAGGGAGGCUAUAUACAGGGGGUACGGUACAGAGUCAAUGGAAUAACAGUAGGAGGCUAUAUACAGGGGGUACCAGUACAGAGUCAAUGUGUAAAACAGUAGGGAGGCUAUAUACAGGGGGUACCGGUACAGAGUCAAUGUGUAAUAACAGUAGGGAGGCUAUAUACAGGGGGUACCGGUACAGAGUCAAUGUGUAAUAACAGUAGGGAGGCUAUAUACAGGGGGUACCGGUACAGAGUCAAUGCAAAUAGUCCGGGUAGCCAUUUGAUUAGAUGUUCAGGAGUCUUAUGGCUUGGGGGUAGAAGCUGUUAAGAAGCCUUUUGGACCUAGACUUGGUGCUUCGGUACCGCUUGCCGUGCGGUAGCAGAGAGAACAGUCUAUGACUAGGGUGGCUUGAGUCUUUGACAAUUUUGAGGGCCUUCCUCUGACACCGCCUGGUAUAGAGGUCCUGGAUGGCAGGGAGCUUUGCCCCAGUGAUGUACUGGGCCGUACGCACUACCCUCUGUAGUGCCUUGCGGUCGGAGGCCGAGCAGUUGCCAUACCAGGCAGUGAUGCAACCAGUCAGGAUGCUCUCGAUGGGGCAGCUGUAGAACCUUUUGAGGAUCUGAGGACCCAUGGCAAAUCUUUUUAGUCUCCUGAGGGGGAAUAGGCUUUGUCGUGCCCUCUUCAAGACUGUCUUGGUGUGUUUGGACCAUGAUAGUUCGUUGGUGAUGUGGACACCAAGGAUAUUGAAGCUCUCAACCUGUUCCACUACAGCCCCGUCGAUGAGAAUGGGGGCGUGCUCAGUCCUCUGGCCAGUUUGUUAAUGUACCAGGGUCUAGCUCUACACAUUCAACCUCAUCUCUCUCUCUAUCUCUCCCUGUCUCUGCAGCAUACAUGGACCCAGACAUGGGCACUAACUACCUAGAUUACCCACAAUCCUCUCUGCCACCGCCCUCGCCACGACGCUACUCACCCAUACCGCACGGCAUGAUGGGAGAAGACGACAUCCCCAGGUCAGGACACACACACACAAAUUUAAAUGUAACUCAAAUCAAAUCAUGUAUGUCAAAUCAGACAUCAGAUCAUUACCUCAGGUUGGGAUGUAUGGAGAAAUGUCUGUUUAAUGUUGGAUUCUAUCUGUAUGGAGAAAUGUCUGUUUAAUGUUGGAUUCUAUCUGUAUGGAGACCUAUUGGAAACAUACUGGGCUGAGUGUUACAGGAGGUUAUAUCUAUAGUAGAGAGGCCAGGCUGAGUGUUACAGGAGGUUAUAUCUAUAGUAGAGAGACCAGGCUGAGUGUUACAGGAGGUUCUAUCUAUAGUAGAGAGACCAGGCUGAGUGUUACAGUAGAUUCUAUCUAUAGUAGAGAGACCAGGCUGAGUGUUACAGGAGGUUAUAUCUAUAGUAGAGAGGCCAGGCUGAGUGUUACAGGAGGUUAUAUCUAUAGUAGAGAGACCAGGCUGAGUGUUACAGGAGGUUCUAUCUAUAGUAGAGAGGCCAGGCUGAGUGUUACAGGAGGUUAUAUCUAUAGUAGAGAGACCAGGCUGAGUGUUACAGGAGGUUAUAUCUAUAGUAGAGAGACCAGGCUGAGUGUUACAGGAGGUUCUAUCUAUAGUAGAGAGACCAGGCUGAGUGUUACAGGAGGUUAUAUCUAUAGUAGAGAGACCAGGCUGAGUGUUACAGGAGAUUAUAUCUAUAGUAGAGAGACCAGGCUGAGUGUUACAGGAGGUUAUAUCUAUAGUAGAGAGACCAGGCUGAGUGUUACAGGAGGUUCUAUCUAUAGUAGAGAGGCCAGGCUGAGUGUUACAGGAGGUUAUAUCUAUAGUAGAGAGACCAGGCUGAGUGUUACAGGAGGUUAUAUCUAUAGUAGAGAGACCAGGCUGAGUGUUACAGGAGGUUCUAUCUAUAGUAGAGAGACCAGGCUGAGUGUUACAGGAGGUUAGGGUUAUACUGUGUGUAAUCAUGUCUUCUAGUAGAGAGGCCAGGCGUGUGUUUAUCCACCGAGGGUCGACCGGUCUGGGUUUUAACAUCGUGGGGGGAGAAGACGGUGAGGGGAUCUUCAUCUCCUUCAUCCUCGCUGCAGGACCAGCUGAUCUCUCAGGAGAACUACGCAAGGGAGACCAGAUCAUGAGUGUGAGUAGUGUUAUGUAGUGUUAUGUAGUGUUAUGUAAUGUUUUGUAGUGUUAUGUAGUGUUACAUAGUGUUACGUAGUGUUAUGUAGUAUUAUGCAGUGUUACAAAGUGUUAUGUAGUGUUAUGUAGUAUUAUGCAGUGUUACAAAGUGUUAUGUAGUGUUAUGUAAUGUUUUGUAGUGUUAUGUAGUGUUACAUAGUGUUACGUAGUGUUAUGUAGUAUUAUGUAGUGUUACGUUGUGUUAUGUAGUGUUAUGUAAUGUUACAUAGUGUUACGUUGUGUUAUGUAGUAUUACAUAGUGUUACGUAGUGUUACGUAGUGUUAUAUAGUGUUAGGUAGUGUUUCGUAGUGUUACGUAGUGUUACGUAGUGUUAGGUAGUGUUUCGUAGUGUUACGUAGUGUUAUGUAGUGUUAGGUAGUGUUACGUAGUGUUACGUAGUGUUACGUAGUGUUACGUAGUGUUAGGUAGUGUUACGUAGUGUUAGGUAGUGUUACGUAGUGUUACGUAGUGUUACAUAGUGUUACAUAGUGUUACGUAGUGUUACAUAGUGUUAUAUAGUGUUAGGUAGUGUUUUGUAGUGUUUCGUAGUGUUUCGUAUUGUUACGUAGUGUUACAUAGUGUUACGUAGUGUUACGUAGUGUUAUAUAUGUUACAUAGUGUUACGUAGUGUUAUGUAGUGUUACGUAGUGUUACGUAGUGUUACGUAGUGUUACAUUUACAUUACAUUUUUACAUUUUAGUCAUUUAGCAGACGCUCUUAUCCAGAGCGACUUACAGGAGCAAUUAGGGUUAAGUGUCUUGCUCAAGGGCACAUCGACAGAUUUUUCACCUAGUCAGCUCGGGGAUUAGAACCAGCGACCUUUCGGUUACUGGCACAGCGCUCUUAACCACUAAGCUUAUGUAGUGUUACGUAGUGUUUCGUAGUGUUACGUAGUGUUAGGUAGUGUUAUGGAGUGUUAGGUAGUGUUACGUAGUGUUACGUAGGGUUAUGUAGUGUUACAUAGUGUUAUGUAGUGUUACAUAGUGUUAUGUAGUGUUACAUAGUGUUAUGUAGUGGUAUGUGCUGCAGGAUCAGCUGAUCUCUCAGGAGAACUACACAAUGGAGACCAGAUCAUGAGUGAGAAGAGAACACACACACACACACAGUGCACGGAGACACACACACAGUGCACGGAGACACACACACAGUGCACGGAGACACACACACAGUGCACGGAGACACACACACAGUGCACGGAGACACACACACAGUGCACGGAGACACACACACAGUGCACGGAGACACACACACAGUGCACGGAGACACACACACAGUGCACGGAGACACACACACAGUGCACGGAGACACACACACAGUGCACGGAGACACACACACAGUGCACGGAGACACACACACAGUGCACGGAGACACACACACAGUGCACGGAGACACACACACAGUGCACGGAGACACACACACAGUGCACGGAGACACACACACAGUGCACGGAGACACACACACAGUGCACGGAGACACACACACAGUGCACGGAGACACACACACAGUGCACGGAGACACACACACAGUGCACGGAGACACACACACAGUGCACGGAGACACACACACAGUGCACGGAGACACACACACAGUGCACGGAGACACACACACAGUGCACGGAGACACACACACAGUGCACGGAGACACACACACAGUGCAGGGAGACACACACACAGUGCACGGAGACACACACACAGUGCACGGAGACACACACACAGUGCACGGAGGACACACACACAGUGCACGGAGACACACACACAGUGCACGGAGACACACACAGUGCACGAGACACACACCAGUGCACGGAGACACACACACAGUGCACGGAGACACACACACAGUGCACGGAGACACACACACAGUGCACGGAGACACACACACAGUGCAGGGAGACACACACACAGUGCACGGAGACACACACACAGUGCACGGAGACACACACACAGUGCAGGGAGACACACACACAGUGCAGGGAGACACACACACAGUGCACGGAGACACACACACAGUGCACGGAGACACACGCGUACAGACGCACGUACACACAAUGUAAUGGUUAUAAUCGACAAUCGCUCUGCAGGUGAACGGUUGUGAAGUGUUAUGUCAUAUUAAUGUAAUGUUAUGUAGUGUUAUGUAAUGGUUAUAACUUCUCUGCAGGUGAACGGUGUGGAUCUGAGACAUGCGACUCAUGAACAGGCUGCAGCAGCUCUGAAGAACGCUGGACAGACUGUUACUAUCAUCGCUCAGUAUAGACCUGAUGGUAAGAAUAUCACAGACCAGUAUAGACCAGGACAGACCUGAGGGUAAGAAUAUGACAGACCAGUAUAGACCAGGACAGACCUGAUGGUAAGAAUAUCACAGACCAGUAUAGACCAGGACAGACCUGAGGGUAAGAAUAUCACAGACCAGUAUAGACCAGGACAGACCUGAUGGUAAGAAUAUCACAGACCAGUAUAGACCAGGACAGACCUGAGGAUAAGAAUAUCACAGACCAGUAUAGACCAGGACAGACCUGAGGGUAAGAAUAUCACAGACCAGUAUAGACCAGUACAGACCUGAGGAUAAGAAUAUCACAGACCAGUAUAGACCAGGACAGACCUGAUGGUAAGAAUAUCACAGACCAGUAUAGACCAGUACAGACCUGAGGAUAAGAAUAUCACAGACCAGUAUAGACCAGUACAGAGCACAGGGUAAGUCUACUAUAGACUAAUAAGGACUAACUACAUACUAAUAUGGACUACUACAGUCGACUAUAAUUUACUCUGGACUAAAUACAGUCCACUAUAGACUACUAUAGACUAACUACUGACUACUAUAGACUAACUACAGACUACUAUAGACUAACUACAGACUACUAUAGACUAACUACUGACCACUAUAGACUAACUACUGACUACUAUAGACUAACUACCGACUACUAUAGACUAACUACUGACAACUAUAGGCUAACUACUGACCACCAUAGACUAACUACUGACUACUAUAGACUAACUACUGACUACUAUAGACUAACUACUGACUACUAUAGACUAACUACUGACUACUAUAGACUAACUACUGACUACUAUAGGCUAACUACUGACUACUAUAGACUAACUACUGACUACUAUAGACUAACUACUGACUACUAUAGACUAACUACUGACUACUAUAGGCUAACUACUGACUACUAUAGGCUAACUACUGGCUACUAUAGACUAACUACUGACUACUAUAGACUAACUACUGACUACUAUAGACUAACUACCGACUACUAUAGACUAACCAAUGACCACUAUAGACUAACCACUGACUACUAUAGACUAACUACUGACUACUAUAGACUAACUACUGACUACUAUAGACUAACUACUGACUACUAUAGACUAACUACUGACUACUAUAGGCUAACUACUGACUACUAUAGACUAACUACUGACUACUAUAGACUAACUACUGACUACUAUAGACUAACUACUGACUACUAUAGACUAACUACUGACUACUAUAGACUAACUACUGGCUACUAUAGACUAACUACUGACUACUAUAGACUAACUACUGACUACUAUAGACUAACUACUGGCUACUAUAGACUAACUACUGACUACUAUAGACUAACUACUGACUACUAUAGACUAACUACCGACUACUAUAGACUAACCAAUGACCACUAUAGACUAACUACUGACUACUAUAGGCUAACUACUGACUACUAUAGGCUAACUACUGGCUACUAUAGACUAACUACUGACUACUAUAGACUAACUACUGACUACUAUAGACUAACUACCGACUACUAUAGACUAACCAAUGACCACUAUAGACUAACCACUGACUACUAUAGACUAACUACUGACUACUAUAGACUAACUACUGACUACUAUAGACUAACCACUGACUACCAUAGACUAACUACUGACUACUAUAGACUAACUACUGAAUGCCAUAGACUAACUACUAACUACUAUAGACUGACUACUGACCACUAUAGACUAACUACAGACUACUAUAGACUAACUACGGACUACUAUAGACCAACUACUGACUACUAUACACUAACUACUGACUACCAUAGACUAACUACCGACUACUAUAGACUAACUAUAGACUACCAAAUUCUAACUACUGACCACUAUAGACUAACCACCGACUACUAUAGACUAACUACUGACUACUAUAGACUAACUACUGGCUACUAUAGACUAACUACUGGCUACUAUAGACUAACUACUGACUACUAUAGACUAACUACUGACUACUAUAGACUAACUACUGACUACCAUAGACUAACUACUGACUACUAUAGACUAACUACCGACUACCAUAGACUAACUACUGACCACUAUAGACUAACUACUGACUACUAUAGACUAACUACUAACCACUAUAGACUAACUACCGACUACUAUAGACUAACUACCGACUACCAUAUACUAACUACUGACCACUAUAGACUAACUACUGACCACUAUAGACUAACUACCGACUACUAUAGACUAACUACCGACCACCAUAGACUAACUAUAGACUACCAUAGACUAACUACUGACCACUAUAGACUAACUACAGACUACUAUAGACUAACUACCGACCACUAUAGACUAACUAUAGACUACCAUAUUCUAACUACUGACUACUAUAGACUAACUACCGACUACUAUAGAGUAACUACCGACUACUAUAGAGUAACCACUGACUACUAUAGACUAACUACCGACUACUAUAGACUAACUAUAGACUACCAAAUUCUAACUACUGACCACUAUAGACUAACCACCGACUACUAUAGACUAACUACUGACUACUAUAGACUAACUACUGGCUACUAUAGACUAACUACUGGCUACUAUAGACUAACUACAGACUACUAUAGACUAACUACAGACUACUAUAGACUAACUACUGACCACUAUAGACUAACUACUGACUACUAUAGACUAACUACCGACUACUAUAGACUAACUACUGACUACUAUAGGCUAACUACUGACCACCAUAGACUAACUACUGACUACUAUAGACUAACUACUGACUACUAUAGAUUAACUACAGACUACUAUAGACUAACUACUGGCUACUAUAGACUAACUACUGACUACUAUAGACUAACUACUGGCUACUAUAGACUAACUACCGACUAC